GAUUAUCAUUAUCCGCGUUGAAGGAAACGGUGGAUUGUGGGCGUCUGUUCUCAUUGCUUUUCGUCCAAGCAAGGAGAGAGAAGGAAAGAAAGGAAAGAUUACACCACCGACUUAGACUACCGCCUGUAAACUCAAGGGUCUUUAUUAACGUCGUCAAAUGGCUUCUUGAAACUGUUCCUCUCGCCGAGUUAGGGUUUCUUCUUCCUUUUCGCUCGGACACAAAACCCUUCCUACGCAGAGAGAAACCAUAAGAGAAAGAUAGAAAGGAAAUCUCGGUUUGUUUAUUUUGUCAUAUCGACAGGAACAAGGCUCCUCAAGACCUGUAGCAUAAAUAAAGAAUUGGCUUUUCUUUGUGAAUUUCUUUUAUGAUUGUAAAGACGAGGAAGAUGCAGAAGAUGAACAUGUACAGGACGAAUGGAGCAGAGGUACUCAAGGAUGUAAAAUAAAAGAGGAAACAUCUUUUCUUCUGUGAAUUUUGUUACUGUUAAGAUGAAUAUGUACAGGAUUACGCUGUAGAUGUUUUUCAAUUUAAUAUAGGUGAGCAGGAAGUAUACCAUCUUAUAUGACAAAUAACAUAUAGCUGAACUCAAACCUGAAUAUUAAAGGGGUUUGCUAGUUGACCUAAAUGGGACAGUUUCUUGGGAACAAUUGGAGCCUACUUGUUAGGUAAUUUUGACUUGGAACUUUUUGCUUAAACUUGUUGAUAGGAUUGAUCUAGUAGGCAAAAAUGGAAUCAAGAAUCGCAAAGGUAUUGGAUAGAAAAACUCGUGGAGUUGUGCUUGGCAUCAAAAGAAAGCGGGCAGAGAGAUAUGCAGCAUAUUUUGCAAGAGCUUCCUGCACAGAGAUAUCGCACCGGUCUACUUCAAAUUUGUCUGGCAAUAAGGUUGAAAAGAGAAGAAAAUUAGACAGAUGCAAGAGCAAGCCCAGCAGCUGUGGGAAUUCUUUAAAAAGAUCUUUAGUCCAACGCUAUUCAAAAUUUAUGAAGGCAAGUAUCCCACAGCGUAUAAUGUUCUACGAGAAUGGUGAAUGGAUUGAUUUUCCUGAGGAUAUCCUUGGCAUGAUUAAGAAAGGUUUUGAAGAAAGAAGGACAGCUGUUGAAGUGGAGCUAAGUGGUCGGCGUGUUAUGCUAGAUUUCUUGCACAUGGUUCGGCUGGAUUUGAAAACAGGAUUGCAGCAACCGAUUGCAUGGAUUGAUGCAGCAGGUGGCUGCUUCUUUCCUGAAGUUUAUGCUGAUGGCAAUGAAGCAUCUGACUCUUGUCUCCAAGAAUAUGGGAAUAGGGAGUUUUAUGGACCCCAUGAGGUCAAGCUGCAACUUGAAAUUGAUUUUAGUGGAUUGGAUCAAAGUGGGGAAUCAAAAGCUUCAGUCAAGCAGAUUCAAGUUGGCGAGAAACUUCCUGGACCUAGGAGGAAGUGCUACUGUGUACGAGAAUGUAAGACUGAUCAAGGAUCAUUUCUAAAGGAGCCUUAUGGAGGCCAUGAGAUCAAGCUGCAUCUUGAAAUUGAUCUUAGUCGAGUUAAUGACACUAAACCAGGGGAGCGUACUGGGGAGUCAAAUGCUUUAGUCAAGCAGAUUCAAGUUGGUCAGAAAUCUACUCAACCUAGUGAUAAGCAGUAUGUUGCAGAGGUUGAGAGUAGCUGUAACCACGAUCCUGAUGCAAAAUUGGAUGAAUCCUUUGAGGAGAACCACCAGAUGAAGGCCAAUUUACUCUCUGGAGUCAAAUCUGCCCAUGAAGAAUUGGAUACUGAUUUUAUUGUGAAUAAGUUCUUUUCCGGCAUUAGCCCUUCUGAUGCGGAGGUACUUGCUGUCCAUCGGUGCUCCAACGUUUCAAUGCAAGCUCGGUUGGAACUUUUCAAGAAGCAGGUUGAAAUUACAAAAAAGUAUCAUGGGGACGCAAAUGUUCGAUAUGCUUGGCUUCCUUCUUCGAAAGAAGCAUUGUCUACAAUAUUGUUGUAUGGGUGUGGAUACUGGGGACUGUCCAAUGCUAAGUUCACAUAUGGCAUUGGCAUCCAUCUUGCUGCUGAAAACUGUUCCUAUGCAAGUGCAAAUUAUUGUGAUGUUGACGAAAAUGGUGUACGAUACAUGGUGUUUUGCCGUGUUAUAAUGGGAAACAUGGAGGUUUUUUCUCCUGGACAAUUCCAUCCUAGUUGUGAAGACUUUGAUAGUGGAGUUGAUGAUCUUGAAAAUCCAAAGCAGUACAUUGUCUGGAACAUGAAUAUGAACACACAUGUUUACCCAGAGUUUGUUGUUAGUUUCAAGCUCUCUUCAAGUGCUGAAGAGAAUCGGGUUGGAGGUGAGAUGAAGCUUGAUGUUUCAGGGGUCACCACUGCUUCUCCACAGUCUCACGCCCAUUUGCUUUUGAAGUCAUCUGCAGUUGAUUUGGGGAGUGGUAAUCGUUCUACCUCAUAUUCUGGGAGAUGUCAGGGAAAGGCUCCCAGUGUAGGUUCUAGUGUUUCCAGGACUCCUAAAUCCCCUUGGAUGCCUUUCCCUAUGUUGUUUGCUGCUAUCUCAAAUAAGGUUCCUCCCAAAGAUAUGGAGCUUAUUUCCUCUAAUUAUGAACUGUUCAGGGAGAAAAAGAUUAGUCGGGAUGAUUUCGUCAGGAAGUUAAGAUUGAUUGUCGGAGAUGCAUUACUGAGGUCUACAAUAACUGCUCUUCAAUGCAAGGUACCAUCAAGGCACGGAUUGGAAACAGCAAAGCAUAACGUGGAAGGUUCAGGUGGGCUUUGAAUGUGAGACAUCUGCUGGUUAUGUGGUGUCCAUGGAUGGUAAAAUCACAUCUUUUUGGAUAACCCAAGACACCAUCAAGUGCGUGCUUUCUAAGAAUGCGUCGACAUAAUGUUGUGAAUAUAAUGUUGCUGGAGUGUGGAGGGCAGAUUUGAUAAAAAUUGAUACAGGAUUUAGCUAAAUAUUUUCUGUUAGGAUUCAUUGAGAACUUGCUGGUUGGUGAAACUGGUUUUAGCUUUUGGAUUUCAGAAACAUGCUAUUGUUCUCCUUUAUGCUAGUUGCUCAUUAGAACAUAGCAAUCCAGCUGUUUUUUUUUUCUUUCUUCUCUCCUCGCCUGAGCUUCAAUGGUUUCGUUAGUGUGGAAUUUGGCCCAGAUUUGCUGUUUUGAAUUAAAGUUCCUCAACGGACUUGGUUUUCUUGUUUUGCUAGAGAGGCUGUAAGCAUGUAACAGGUAGAGAUUGGCUUCAUUGAGGGAGUACAUCAUUGAGCCAAUUGCUCAUGUUUUCAACCGGGUCUAAUAAAAUGAAAUGAUUAUACAGGCUGUGGUUCAAGCCAAAGUUAA